AUGGAUGACGAGGACGAAGAGGAGCUCCGCGUUGAGGCGGUGGUUGUGGACUACUACAUGAGUAGUCCGCUGCCUGCUGAUUCUGUCAAGAAGAUACCCGCCUCUCCUUGCUAUUUGCGUGCUCGUGAGGUCCCAGUUAUCCGUAUCUUUGGCGCUACACCCGCCGGACAAAAGGCACUCGUACAUGUGCAUGGCAUAUUUCCGUAUUUCUACUUCCGCACGGAAGACGACCCGGAUUUUGAGGACGCGGAGCGUCUGCGAACGCUUUUACCUCGACUGGCCAAGGAUAUCGAGGCUGCCAACGCCUCCAAACAGAAGCAAAGACAGCAGAACAAUGGAAACGCAACAGCAAGGUUCAAUCCCAGUAGAAUUAUUGCCAAGGUUUUUGCAGAUUACAAUAUCGAAGGGAUGAACUAUGUAGCGCUCAGCAACGUCAAGUUCCGGUUUCCUCUUCCAGUGACACAGGAGCAUCUAGCAAAAGCCCACGGCUCGAGCAAAUACCCUUUGAUCUUACUCCCCACUACCCCGACAGAGAAGAUCAACGGAUUGGACAAGAGUGCGUCUCCUUUGAAAGGACGAUAUGCACCGGUCCCCCAAGCUUCAAAACGGCGGUUUGAUCGGCAGUCCAGCUGUGCCCUAGAAGCUGAUGUUGCUGCUGCAUGCAUCUUGAAUCCCAAGCAGUUUGAAUCGCAGCAAAAAACAGCAGAAGGAACUGGCGAGUUACGUAAUGUGCCGUCAUUGGCAGCUAUCUGGGAGGAAGAAAGACAACGACGGAUCCAGAAUGGAGAGGCAGGAACACCAAUGAUGUCACUUAGUCUCCAACGCAACCCUGCGACGCCCAAAGGUUGUUCAACGAGUGCCUCGCCGGCGGCAUCAGCAUCGUCGCUUCUAUCACAGUCGUUUUUUCAUAAGAAGAUGAAGGAUUCAAUUGACGCGGUGAUGGAGGAAUUAGAGAAGCGACAGCAAACCAAAAACGGCUCUGCUGAUCUACUGUCUGCAGGUGACGUGGUGUCCUGUGGGAACUCCUUCGCUGCUGAGAGCGAGUUCUCUUACAGCCAAACUGAACAUGAGAGCGAUUUUGAGAACAAUUCGGACCAGGGGGCAGCUGCAGAGGACAAAGCGAUUGUAAAUAUUCUUCUGGAGAUGCAACAAGAGAGUGAACCGGGUCAUGGACAGGAUGAGUGGCAGGUAAAACAUGACCUCGAUGGGUACAGCACACCCGACGAUAAUGACGACGACAGAGGAAUCGAGCAAGCCGACAAUCGAAACGAUGAAAUUGGCGACAUUUUGGCUUCUCAGCGUCUCGUUGAAGAACACAACGCAAGUCAAGCUACUGAUUCUCCGCAAGGCAAUGGUUGGUGGGAUGUUGCGGAGCGGGAAUCUCGGCCGAUUGCAAGCCCGCUUAGUGAGCUGGGGAGUCCUCGUGUGGUUCUCCGUACUCCAAAGACGAGAUCAAAGCAGCUGUCUUCAAAUGCUGCCAGGUCUAUUCGCUUUGGGGCCACUCCGGAGGAUUUACCUUUGGUUGGGGACAUCGAAGACCUUUUACCUCCGCGACCACAAGAGCCGACACCCAUAACUCCGCCAGAAGAGGAAUCGGACCCGGUUGAUCGCCUCCAGCUGUCACUAACGCCGCAUCCACAGCCCUUCCGAGUAAAUCCCAAGGUUUUACGGCCGAAAGCAGCAGCAGGCAACUAUCGAUUGUGGGUCUUCAGUCCCGAGCCUCCUACGUAUUCCCAGAUGCUAACGUCGUCACACACUCUUGAAGUGGACCCACUGCAGUACCAACCUGCCUUCUACAGCAAUGCAGCCGAUAUCCCCGACAAACCACUGAUUUUCGGCGGGAAGAAAUUCGAUUUUACACCACAAACCUCCAGCAAUCUGCCUGUGUUUGAUACCACCGCGACGCGCCAGCUUCUACAUCCGCUUUGCAGUAGUGGGAGCAGUGAAAGAGUGGACGAUGCACCUUGGUGCAAGCUCUUUCAGCUGAAAACACUCAGCAACCCUAGUGGAGGAGGCGAAAAGAUACGACGCAAGCGAUCUCGACCGUCGCUAACGUCUACGAUGUCGCCCUCGAGUAAGCUCACCUCGACGACUAUUUUGUCGAACAUUACAAUUCUGUCGCUUGAAAUAUUUGCCGAAUCUCGUGGCAAUAUGCUGCCAAACCCGCUCUACGACCCAGUCAGCGUGAUAUGUUAUGCCGUCGAGGCCCAAGAGGGGCCAACUGAAUUUAAGACCAAAGAACGCGGUUUUCUCAUGUUAAAGCCGGACGACAUGGAAGAAGCAACACUCAAGGGUGUCGGUUUAUGCGUGGACAGCAGCGAUAUAUCGGUAUUCAUUGCUUCCGAUGAACGGGAACUAUUGCACUCGCUGAAAGCUUUGAUACAACUCAUCCAGUCGCUUUCUCGCCUUCCGUCAGCACCGAUAGAUCCUCGAAAUACUACCACGGUUCCGGAUCAAGAGGGUGACAGUCAAAAAGAAGCGUCUAUCGGCACAAAAUGGGGAGUGAACAAGGCAGCGGGUUUAUGGCUUCACGGCAGGUAUAUACUAAACCUCUGGCGAAUGACUCGAUCUGAGCUCAAGUUGUCGCGCUACGCCCUCGAAGAUGUCGUGUGGGCUGUUCUGAAACGGACUUACCCGGUUUACUCUGCUGAAAAAUUGACAUCAUGGUUUCAGGAAGGUGGACAAACGCGUUGGAAGGUGAUCCGAUACUAUCUGGAACGAGCCACACUCAAUCUCCAAAUCCUUUCCAAAAUGCAGCUGAUCACACGAACGAGCUUCUUGGGCCGCUUGAAGGAUGGCCUGAAUCCUGAGCUGGAGACAUCACUUGGGGUCAUCGAUUUUACUCCCAACACUACUGGACUCUUGCAGUGCAGAGGUGAUGUAAUAAUUGCGCCGAACGGCACGUUGUUUUGCCCUAAGAGUCAUCGUCAUGGGGUUCUUCCGCUCAUUCUGGACGAAAUUUUGUCGACUCGGAUUAUGGUGAAGAAGUCGAUGAAAUCAGCGAAGGAUUCCAACCAGGAGCGUCUAGAAAAGGUCCUAAAUGCUCGUCAGUUAGCGCUGAAAAUGAUCUCGAAUGUGACGUACGGGUACACGGCGGCUGGGUUUUCGGGGCGCAUGCCAUGCGCUCAACUAGCCGAUGCCAUCGUUCAGCUGGAGAAGGUUUAUAUGGGCUGCGUUCUCGUGUCCAAGAAACGCUAUGUGGGUAACAAGUUUGAGUCCCCGACACAAGAAGUUGGGAUCAUUGAAUCAAAAGGAAUUGAGACCGUUCGACGCGAUUCUUGUGGUGUGGUCCAGCACGCAAUGCAGGCCUCCCUUGAAACGCUGUUUGGAUCUAGCGACCUGUCUAAGGUGAAGGAAGGCAUGGAGAAAUACUGGAUCCAAAUACUGGAGAACCGUGUGCCACUGAAAGAGUUUAUCUUUUCGAAAGAAGUUCGCUUGGGGACGUACAGCAACGGAAGUGCUCCUCCUGCAGCUCUUGUCAGUGUAAAAGCCAUGGGGAACGAUCCGCGAGCAGAACCUCGGUAUGCGGAACGGGUGCCCUAUGUUGUGGUAAACGGACCUCCUGGCGCGCGUCUGAUGGACUUGGUUGUGUCACCCGAUGAGUUCUUCGACAAGCGGAAGCGCUACAGCAUCAACUACCACUACUACAUUAACAAGCAGGUGCGAUUGUGA